GCAGUUUGCAAAGCUGAGUGCAGAGCUGACCCACGCCAACUCCUUGGGCUACAACGGGGCCAUCCUGCAGGCCUUGGCCGUUCACUAUGCCCUCCAGGGGGAACUGGACCGAGAGAAGUUCCUGCAGCUGCUGAUCGGCCACAUGGAGGAUGUGGAAGCGGACGACAAGUCUGUGGCUGACACACGGCUGAAACAAUGGCAGGAGGAUUCCGACCGGCUUCUUCGGCCUAGCACAUGGCUGCUUGGCAACGGCAUCGAGCGUGCUUAGCAACCAGGCUGAUCCCAAACAGCUGCAGGAAGCAGAGCCCAAGCAGGAAGGCUGGCCGGGGAAGAGAGAGCCGGUGCAGUGGGAAAAAGCUUGACUAACAAGCAGAAGGUUGCUGGUUCGAAUCCCCACUGCAGACAGCUGCCAUGGCCACUCUGAGCAUGAAGCCGGGCCAGAGGUUCACCCUCCCAGACUGGUACACCAACGGGGAACUCCUCUCGACCAACGCCGAGCGCCAGCGCUUCGCUUCCCACCAGAUCCGGCAGGAGGCCCGGACCCUCCGCAACGAGACCAAUAACCAGACGAAAUGGGACGAGCACGACAACCGCACACGUCUGAACGAGCGAAUUGACAUUGUCAAUCGAUGUAAGGAGACCCUGGACAAAUACCUGACGGACGUCGACACAGAAAUCAACGCCUUGACCCAAAUGAAGGAGGCAGCAGAGCGCGCCCUGCAGGCGAAGAACCUGCCCUUGGACGUGGCCAUCGAGUGCCUCACCCUCCGGGAGAGCCGCCGAGCCAUCGACGUGGUGAAGGACCCUGUGGAGGAUGAGCUGCACAAAGAGGUGGAGGUGGUUGAUGCGACCAAAAAGGACCUCCAGCAGAAAGUCAGCGAAGCCUUUGAACAGCUCUGCCUCUUGCAGGAGGCUCGCCAGCAACUUAACAUGGACCAUCGCGGGAAAAUGGAGGCCCUGGAGAUCGACCGGACCUGCGUGUCCCUCAACGUCAACUCUCCCAACAUCUCCUACAAAGUCAACCCCACCCGCGUGCCCAUCGGAUCCAUCACUGCAGAGGAAUGGGACCAGUGCAGCCAGUACAACAGGGACCGAGCCGAGGCAGAAAUGAAAGCAGCGACCGAGUUGCGGGAAGCCAUCGCACUCACCAUCGCCCAGACCGACAACGAGCUAGAAGCUCAGCGCACGGCCUCAGAGUUUGCCUUCCGGAAGAGGAUCCAUGAACUGGAAAGAGCCCUUGACGAGCUGAGGUGGCAGGAGAAGAACAUCCUGGAAGAAAUUGCCGAGAUGGAGGAAGACAUCCGGCGCCUGGAGGAGGAUCUCCGGAGGAAGGUGGCGAACCUGAAGCUGGCCCACACCCGCCUGGAGACCCGGACUUAUCGCCCCAACAUGGAGCUGUGUCGUGACCAGGCGCAGCACGGCUUGACCGACGAGGUGCAUCAGCUGGAAGGCACCAUUGCCGCUCUGAAGCAGAAGCUGGCCCAGUCACAGGACGCCCUGGACGCCCUCUACAAGCACCUGCACCGCAUCCAGACAGACAUCGGCUACAAAACCAACUCCCUGCUGCUGGAUAACAAGUGCGUGGACAGCAGACGGAAGCUGACGGUCCCUGCUGAGAAGUAUGUGCCCGAGGUGGACACCUUCAACCGGACCACCAACCGCACCCUCUCGCCCCUCAAGUCCCGGCAGCUCGAGCUGGCCUAGCGAAAUGGCACCGGCCGUCACCCUGACAAAGGAAUUGGUUGGAAGAAGAGGCACUGCUGCCCCCCAUUUCCGUGCCAAGGCGAGCGGAAACACCCCGUCCUGGCAUGACCGCGGUUCCCGGCCUCCCCUCCUUCCACCCCCUCCCAGAGUUGUAGAACCGCCCCUUGUUUGACUCUCUUUACCGUCUGCAAAGGUGUGAUAACGAAUAAACCCAUCUCCACUUCCGA